AUGAGAAACUAUAACAAGGCGCCCAGCAGUGGCGGCGGCGAGUCUGCAACAGUUCGUAGGGCGAACGAGCAGCGCCAUAUGCUAGAUCAAUCGCAACUGCAGCGACAUUGCAUACUGAUCUGCAACAGUCCGCCGUAUCAGAUGUGCGUCAAUGAGAACUGGAAAUAUAAGGGCAAAUCCUGCGAGCAGCUGGCGGCGCUGUUUAUGGAGCGCAAAAUAAACUUGUCUAUUAUAGCGCCACGCAAAAUGCCUGUGCUAUUUAAGCUCUACAUGAAGGCAGAUGGUGAUCAGCCCAUUACGACCAAAAACUAUGCCAAGAAUAUACGUCACUUGGUGCUGUUGAAGGGCUACAGCUUGAAGGAGCGUGCGCCUAGUCCUAAUAGCAUGCCUGUUGCCGCUGCUGUUGUUGCUGUUGUUGCUGUGUCGCAGCAACAUCAAAUGGUGGCACCACCCAAUGCAGCACAAAAUCAAGUGCAACAGGCGCUAGGCAAUAAUCCAAAUGCACAGCAGUCAGCGCAGGCACAGAACAUGCCCAUGGAUACAGCUGUGCCACAGCAGCAGCCACAACAGCAACAACAACAGCAGCAGCAAGUAAUGAACAUAAACGCGAUGCAACAAAAUCAGCCACAACAGCAACCUGGACCUGGCGGACAAACACCUCAGGGCUUGAUGAAUGCUCAACAACAGCAGCAACAGCUUAUGCAGCAGCAGCAGCAACAACAACAAUUUGUGCCCAAUCAAAUGCAAAAUGCCAACUUUCAGCAAAAUGUUGUGCCUGGCCAGAAUCGCUGGAUGCAUCCCAAUCAGGCUGGUCAACGUCCGCCCUUUAUGCAACCCACUGGCAACAAUAUGCCGCUACAAGCAAAUCAGAAUCCCAACUCGGCGCUUAUUGCACGCAUGAAUGCGCCGCCGAAUCAAACUGUCAGCUCCAUACAGCAGCAGCAGCAACUGGCACAACAGCAGCAACAACAAAGACUACAAAUGUUGAAUCCACAUCAAUUUAAUCCAGCUGGGCAACGCUCGCGAUCAUUGCUCCAAAUGAAUAUGCAAAUGAACGCUGGUCCGGUUGGACCAGGUGCCGUAGGCGGCGGCAACGGACCCGGCGGAAUGCCUAUCGCAACCGCAAAUGCAAAAUGAACAUGAUGCACAGCACAACAGCAGCAGCAGCAGCAACAACAGCGCAUGCCUUUGGGCGUGCCGGGCGCCAAUCCUAAUUUACAGCAGCAGCUACAGCAACAGCAACAGCAGCGCAUGAUGCGUCCCAUGAUGGCCAAUAAUAAUCCUGGACUGCGACAGCUGCUGCAGCAUCAGGCCGCCUCGCCGGGCAAUCAGUUUCGCCCGCAAAUGGGCGGGCAACCCAAUCAAAUGGGCGCCGGUGGUCCCAUGGUUGGCAAUCGCAACUUUGACGAUGGCGGCUAUGAAUUUAUGCAGUAAUAUU